UGAAUUGAAGCUGUUUAUAUUGUCUUGUUUCUUUUUGUGUAUGUUUUGUUUUCUUUGAGUUAUAAUAACUUAUCUUUUUUGAGAACCAAAUAAUAAUUUUUUUUUCAUUAUGCCUCGUGAAAUGAUAACCCUUCAGCUGGGCCAAUGUGGAAACCAGAUUGGUUUUGAAUUUUGGAAGAAAGUGUGUGCUGAACAUGGUAUUAGUCCUGAAGGAGUUUUGGAAGAUUUUGCCACUAAUGAAGGAUAUGAUAGAAAGGACGUUUUCUUUUACCAAGCUGAUGAUAACCACUAUAUACCAAGAGCUGUACUGAUUGAUUUGGAACCCAGAGUAAUCAAUACCAUCCUCAACUCUCCAUACUCUAAGUUAUAUAACCAAGAAAAUGUAUAUCUUUCAAAAGAUGGAGGAGGUGCUGGUAAUAACUGGGCUCGAGGUUUUUCUUCUGGUGAGGGUAAACUUUACGAAGAUGUGUUUGAUAUCAUUGAUCGUGAAGCUGAUGGAAGUGACUCGCUCGAAGGUUUUGUGCUCUGCCAUUCGAUUGCUGGUGGUACUGGGUCUGGUUUGGGUUCAUUUAUGUUAGAAAAACUCAAUGACAGAUUCCCUAAAAAGCUCAUUCAAACAUAUUCAGUUUUUCCAAAUCAAGACGAAAUCAGUGAUGUCGUUGUCCAGCCAUAUAACUCUUUGUUAACUCUUAAACGACUAGCAUUAAAUGCUGAUUGUGUCGUUGUUUUAGAUAACACGGCUCUCAACAGAAUAGCUGUGGAAAGAUUGAAGCUUACCAACCCUUCAUUUGGCCAAAUAAACUCUCUUGUUUCAACUAUUAUGUCUGUCAGUACCGCUACUUUAAGAUACCCAAGCUACAUGAACAAUGAUCUGAUUGGUUUAAUAGCACCUCUCAUUCCUACACCAAGACUUCAUUUUCUGAUGACAGGAUAUACACCUUUGACAACAGAUCAAGAAGCGACAAAUAUUCGUAAAACAACUGUGCUGGAUGUGAUGAGGAGAUUACUUCAACCAUCAAAUAUGAUGGUUUCAACAGCCAUGCAUGAUAAGAACCAGGGCCAUUGUUACAUCUCUAUUUUGAAUAUUAUUCAAGGAGAAGUUGAUCCUACUCAAGUGCAUAAAAGUCUACAGAGGACAAGAGAAAGAAAAUUGGCUCAAUUUGUGCCAUGGGGACCUGCUGGUGUACAAGUAGCCCUGUCUAAAAAAUCUCCUUACAUACAAACUUCUCACCGAGUUUCAGGUUUGAUGCUCGCCAAUCAUACAUCAAUAUCUAAUCUUUUUGUUCGAACACUGUCUCAAUAUGGUAAAUUACGAAAAAGAGAAGCUUUCCUUGACGAAUUCAGGAAAGAAUCAUUAUUCAAAGAUGGUCUUGAUGAACUCGAUUCUUCCAAAGAAGUUGUUCAAGAACUGAUUGAUGAAUAUCAAGCUGCCACAAGAGCUGACUACUUAAACUGGGGUAUGACUCGCGAAGAAACAGUCUCAGCUUAAACAUCCUAAUAAUUCUCAAUGUAACUAUCUCAAUUGCCAAAUUGUGACUCUUCUGUGAAUAUUAAAUUAAUUGUUGACUAAUUUUUUGAUUAAAUCAGACCUGUCAAGUCUUAAAAGUGUUAAUAAUCAA